AUGCGGUUCCAAACCAUUCUUUUUGGACUCGUUUGCGGUACUGGCGCGUGGGCUAGCAACAAACAACACAUUGGCGUUGAUGUGGGCCAUCAUAUCAAAGAAAUCCCGUCGCCGGCUCCACGAGACUUGCCGGAGCCAUCGGGCCAUCGAUCACAGCUAGCCCGUGGCCAAUAUCCCAUAAACUGCCACAUCCAUGGCUGGCCUUCCGCAUCCGUGGAUUCGAUCAAGCAGGCCUACAGCUGGUUCUACCAGCUCUGGGCCCCGCUUGAAGCUGACGCCCAGCAUUGUCGCCGGAUCGCGUGCUUUGGCACGUCAGCGGUCUGGCUCUGCGCCGAUUCCCUGGGUUUCCAGAAACCGAAUAGCGUGAGAAUUGCCGAUGAGAUGAACGGACUCUUGGACGGAGACAAUGGGUGUCUUGACAAGGGAGACAAGACCAAGGUCCAAGGAAUGGUCUUUACCUCUGAGGAAUGGAGUGUUGUCGUCCGUGGCGGCGAAGAUUGUUCUGUGGAACCCCCAGAGCAGCCCAUUUUCUACUGA